CUUUAACUCGUUUGUCUCCUCCUCCCUUAACAACGUACGCCUAUAGGAAAAGCUCCCCUGCCUUGUCUAGCCUCGCCCUCAGGCCACGCACGCACGCGCGCGUUCGCCUCCCUGCUUUGCGGCAGCGCCGUAAAAAAGCGGCCGCUGGGCGAGGCGGGCGUUUGCGACGGCGGAAGUUUGUCGGCCUGCGGGAAGAAGAACGAAGGGGCCGAGAGAGGCGGAGGCCGCCGCCGCCGCCUGAGUGGAGAAGCCGAGCUCGGGCGCCCCAUGGGGAACGUGGGCAGCCACAGCGAGGGCGAGGAAGAGGAGGAGGAAGCGGCGGCCGCCGGCGGCGGAGAAGGAGCCGCCCGAAGUAGCGGCAGCGCCGCCGCCGCCGCCAGCGAGGCUCCCCCGCCGGGCGCCAUGGAGGCGUCGUCGUCGUCGGCCUCGCCUUCCUCCUCCGGCGCCGCGGCGCUUUCCUCGGCGCCGCCGCUGCCCCCGGCGCCGGUGCUGCUGGGCCAGGCCCGGCUGCGGGAGGAGGCGGCGGCCCGCCUGCGCGAGGCGCCCGCGGCCGAGCCGCUCCUCUCCCGGCACCACGGCGCCCUGGUGCGCUGGCUGGAGGCCCGCGUGGGCCGCGGCGAGCACGCUGUCAGCCUCGAGCAGUUCUGCGAGGCCCUCGAGGCCCACGCCGGGCCAGCCCAAGCCACCGCCGCCGCCGGGGCAGGAGGAGGCGGAGCGGCGGCAGGAGCCGGAGGGGAAGCCGAAGCAGCCGCCGCCGCCGCCGCUGAGGAGCGAGCCCGCAGCGAAGAGGCUUUUGCACAGUUUGACACUGAGGGUGAUGGCACAGUGGAUGCGGAGCACAUGCUGGAGAUUCUCAAGACCUCCAGUGGAGCCAAUCUGCAAGGAGAGCUCAGUCACGUGAUCAGGCAGCUGCAGGCUUGUUCGCUCGUUCCAGGUUUUGUAGACAUAUUUUCAGAAUCGAACGAGCGCCUUAGUCUCCACGCUUCCGCGAUUCUGCGGUUCCUGCAUCGUCACCGUAUCGCCAGCGCCGUCAUCCCGUAUCCAGCCUUGGAGUACUUCAACAAUGUCUGCACCAUGCGCUCUUCUGUACUGAAGGAUUCUUUAGACCGGCUCCUCCUGAAAGAAAAGGAAUGCCCUAGUGAUUUGAAUGGAAGCCAGGAAUUAGACAAGCUCAAAUCAAUCGCAAAAUGCUACACUCACAUAGAAACGUCCUCCAAUUCAGCGGACAUUGACAAAAUGACCAACGGAGAGACGUCCUCCUUCUGGCAGUCCGAUGGGAGUGCUCGGUCUCAUUGGAUACGUUUAAAGAUGAAGCCAGAUGUCAUUCUGAGGCAUCUCUCCAUUGCAGUCGCAGCAAACGACCAGAGCUACAUGCCACAGCAGGUGACAGUCGCUGUUGGGAGGACGGCCAGCAAUCUCCAGGAGGUCCGAGAUGUUCACAUUCCCAGCAAUGUUACCGGAUACGUGACAUUGUUGGAAAACGCUAACAUUAGUCAGAUGUAUGUACAGAUAAACAUCAAGCGUUGCCUUAGCGAUGGCUGCGACACCAGAAUUCACGGGCUCAGGGCUAUUGGCUACCAAAGAGUAAAGAAGGGAGGCGUCUCGGUCUGCGACGCUUCUGCGAUCUGGUACUGGUCCCUCCUGACCUCUCUGGUCACAGCGUCUAUGGAGACCAACCCUGCAAUUGUUCACGCCAUCCUGCAAAAUACUCAGAAGGCCCUGCAGCAUAUGCCCCCCCUUUCCUUGUCUCCAGGGUCCACAGACUUCUCAAGCUUCCUCUCCCCCAACGUGUUGGAAGAAGUGGACAGUUUUCUCCUGGGAAUCACCAGUUGUUGUGCCUCUCCUGAAGUGGAGCUUACGUUGCUGGCCUUUUCCCUGGCCCGAGGGAGCAUUGCGAAAGUACUGGGUUCGCUUUGCACAAUCGCCGACCACCUGGAAACGCCUUAUAAGGCCGCCUCGCUCAUCGCUUCCAUGGCCACCGUCCGGCAAAACCUGCUCUACAAAUACGGAACACCCCUGAGGCUGGUUGUGCAGGCCUGCGAUGUCAAAGGAAAGGAAGACAAAUCAGGACCUGAAAAUCUCUUUAUAGAGCCAUGGACAGGGGAUGGCUUUCUUACUGAGACUGGAAAGAGACAAGCCAGCGUCAUUCUCUCGACUGGAACUGAAUCAGCCUUUCAGGUCACACAAAUCAGAGUAAAGGUGCGGAGAGGAGCGAUCGGGGCCCGGUGCGGGUUGGCGUUUGCUUACAACUCUGCUUCAGAGAAAUUUCACGCGGAGGAGCAUUUCAAAAGAUUUGAGAGCUACGACAAAUGGAAGCUGGAGGAUUUCCGGCAAUUCUUGAAAAACAGGAACGGCGCUCCACACGAUGAGCUGGCAGAGGAGGAUCCUGUCGGCUGGUUUGAAAUGGAGGAGGAAUGGGAUGAAGUGGAAAUCAAACUGCAGCAGUGCAGAGUUUCCAAGUAUUUGAUGGUGAAGUUCUUGUGUACAAGACAAGACAAAGCAGAGCGGCUCGGAGUGCAAGGCUUGAGCGUCUUUGGUUACCUUCGGCCCAUGACAGCAGAGCCCAAUCGAAGCAAAAACUGCUUGGAAUGUGGCAAGCCCAGUGAUACCGUUUGUGGGACGACUCUUCUUCUGAAGACUUUGUGCUUCAUCCAACAGCUUGCGCAGGAUUUGGUUCAGAAGAAAGAGAGUGGCUUACGAUACCGAUCAUACCUCGACUUUGCAGGCCUGGAGUUAAAGCUUUUCUGGAAUUUCUAUAGUAAACUUCGCCAAAACCCAAGAGAAGAGUGCAUUGAUGCCCAAGCCAUGUUGCUACAGCUUCUCCAGAGUUGCUUUUCAGCGCUCACUGCAGAGAACAAAGUUGCAAAGUCUCAGGAAGCUGUUCAGAGCAAAGUGUCUGACGGCGCAGAAGCAGCAGAGGAACUCUACAAGCAUCUGUGUGAAGUUGUUGACAGUGGCAGCGAGUCCACAUCGCUAAAGACCUUGAAGCAGGAAGUGGACCACACAUUGCUCAACGGAGCAGCCGUCUUUUUCCCCCACCGACAUACGAGGCGGGAGCAGCUUUUUGCAAUGUUGAAAAACAUUACAGAGCAGGAACGCAAACCGUCUGUCCAUCUUACUUUCAAAUCUCUCUGUGCAUAUUUCAGUGAUCAGGAUCCAGGUGGGCUUCUGUUAUUGCCAGACAAAGGAGCUUCCAGAGAUGUUGAUGUUGAUCAAGUGCUAGCAGUGAUGGAAACACUCCUGAUGGUGACAUCAAGAGAGUGUGAAAUGUUGAUGAUGGCCGUUUCCCAGCAAGACACUGGCCCUGUCCUCUCGUCCUUAUUCUGGUCUGUCCAGGGCAGCCUCCUUGCCUGGUGCUACUUGCAACUUAAGGGCAGCGAUGCAGCGCCCAAGAACAUCGCCAUAGAACUCCUUACAAAAUAUCUGCAGCAGUUCCUGUCGAGCAUCAGGACCAUUUUAGAGUCACUCCUGUCCCGGUACAAGGGGAGAAAAAUAGUGGAGAAACUGAGCAACUCCGUCUUUUCCAUGGUAGCCCGCCAGCUGAUGACUUUCCUGCAGGACUUCUGUGCUUUAGACAUUCCGCAUCGUGCCCUUCUGCAGGAUGUCAGCACGUUGACAAAGCUACUGAAUGACCUGACGGCAGAGCCUGGGGACUGUCCAAAUAAGGUGGGCAUGGACAGCUGGCAGCAAGAGCAGCCGGUGGUCCUGCGAACGUGGGCCAUGGAAUCUCCCCAUAACUACGAGAACAAUUGCCAUGAUGUCACGGCCUUCCUUUGUCCGGGGGCGACGUACUUCGAGGUGGAGUUUGAUGACAGAUGUGAAACGGAGAGGAGGUAUGAUUAUCUGGAAUUUACCGAUGCCAGAGGCGGGAAAACUCGCUACGAUACCAAAGUUGGGACGGACAAGUGGCCCGAGAAAGUGACCUUUAAGGCUGGCCCUCGGCUGCAGUUUCUCUUUCACUCAGACAGCAGUAACAACGAGUGGGGCUACAAAUUCUCCGUCACUGCAUACGGCUUGCCGGAUGUGGAAGUUUCCUGGGGCCUGGAUCUACAUCUUCUUGUGGCCAGGCUUAUGGGGCGCCUGGCUUCUCAGAGUAUGGUGUUGAAAUCCCUACGAGAGGUAGGAAACGGAACAGAAUUGUCUCCUGCAAAAGUGACGGCUGUUCUUAACUCUCCUCUGUGGAAGCCAGUCUUCAGGCAUCAGAUGCGUUCUGAGCACAGGCCUGGAAGCAGUGAUCACAGCCAAACACCCCCGGAAAAUAAAGAGGCCAUGAACUCUAAUGCCAACAACUGUCAUAAUUUUCUCCUUGACUUCUCGAAGUCAGACUCUGCCCAGGAGUUCUGUGGGCCAAAUUCUGAACUUUUCAAAGGAUUUGUGCAGGCAUGUAAAAAACAGGCCCCAAAGACUGAUAUAGUUGCUGGUUCCACUAUUGAUCAAGCUGUCCAGUCUACAUUUGCUGCUUUGGUUUACCUCUGUCCAGAUUUGUAUGAGAAGCUUCAGAAAUAUGUCAACAGCGGAGGCAAAACGCCUUUGAAUGAAGAGUUUGCACAAGUAUAUUCCCUAGCUGAUGGUAUCAGAAUAUGGAUGCUAGAAAUGAAACAGAGGUUCCUCGUGGACCAUGGAAGUGAUGGGGAAGAGAAUCGGGCCAGCGAGAUGACCGAGGUAAACCCAGAAACCCUUGCCCAGCAGUGCAUCCAGAAAAGCCUCCUGCUACUCAGUUUUUUGCCUGCACGGACCAAAGCGGAAGGCCGUGACGUGGAUCACGUGGAGCAAUGCCAGAAGGACAAACUCCAGAGGGCGAGCUCUUUAGUAGAAGCGGAUUUCCAGGCAUCGGAUUCAUCGCCUGCCUUUGGAGUGACUGGUUUUGUUUUCCCAGAGGGAGGUCAAGCAACUGUCUGGGACUCGAAGAGAAAGCAGGGGCCAGACUCCCCACAGACAGAAACGUCUCCUGCGUCCCAAAGCAGGUCCCUCGACAGUGCCCUCUCAGAGCAAGAAGAGACUCUGUCCCCUCCCUCUACACCCACACGGAAGCCUCCAUUCAGCCGGGGGCGGCUCCGGCUGCUCUCCUUCCGCUCAAUGGAAGAGUCCAAGCCUGUGCCUAGCAUUAAGGAGAAAUAUCCCGUCCUGAAACACAUCUUGGACUUCAUUAAGGACCAAUCUCUUUCUCAUGAAAGUGUGCUGCAAGUCCUUGCUCUGAGAAAAGCUCAAGCCAAAAGCAUCUUGGAAGAGCUGAAGAUGAUCCGCCAGUGCCUAGAGUCCCUCAGCCAACCUCACUGUUUCGUCCCGCCCUGCAUUAUAUUCCUGUUGGAACUUCUGGCUUGCCAAAAAGACUUCACAAAUUAUUUUGGACACUUGGAAGGCUGCGGAGCUGCGCUACAUCGGGAAAUACGGGAAUCCUACUAUGAGCUCCUUCUCUUUUUGGUCAAUGCUCUGAAAGGAUUUAACAACCUCAAUGACAAAUCUCUGCUCCCAGCCUUGUCCUGCGUGCAGACGUCCCUCCUUCACCUCUUGGAUAUGGGUUGGGAGCCAAGUGACCUUUCCUUCUUUGUUGAUAUACAGCUACCACACCUCCUUAUCACCAUGUCGCGAGAGAACAUAAGUGCUCAUGACAGCGUAAUCUGCCCGAGGAGCGAAGAAGAGGAACUUGCAGACUACAAACAGAACUCCGAGUGGAUGGACGAGUGUCAAGAAGGAGUCUUUGAAAGCUGGUGUGACAAGAUAAGCCAAGCAGACCCAGAGAAGCAGAGGAAGAUGCACUUGUUCAUAGCUCGCUACUGCGACCUGCUACACGUAGACAUCUCGUGCGACGGGUGUGACGAGAUCGCUCCUUGGCAUCGUUACCGCUGUUUGCAGUGCAACGACAUGGAUCUUUGUAAAACGUGCUUUUUGGGCGGAGUGAGACCCGAAAGGCAUGAGGCUAACCAUGACAUGGUCAGCAUGGAAUAUGCCUGCGAUCACUGCCAAGGCAUCAUCGUUGGCCAGCGUAUGAAUUGCAAUGUGUGUGAAGAUUUUGACCUUUGCUUUGGGUGUUAUUCUGCAAAGAAGUAUUCUGAUAGCCACCUGCCCACCCACAGCGUCACGGCAUACCCAAUGAUGACCAUGCGGAUCAGCGACCGCCAUAGACUCAUCCAGCCUUACCUCCACAACUACUCCUGGCUGCUGUUUUCCGCGCUGGCUCUCCACAGCGCCGACUUGUCCAGUGGCGAGCAGGUGGAUGGCGAGGCGCUCGACCCCAAAGUUGUCGCUCAUGCCAGGACCCUGCAGCAGGAGUGCAUCCAACUCAUUGGGGAUUGCCUGAUGAAAGUGCAGCAUAGAAAAGGUUUGAAAAGCCUUGCUCUGCUCUGUAUGUUGCCAGAGGGUGAAUCUUCCUCUGAGAAGGCGAUGCUGUCUGUUGAUAACUCCACAGACGGUAGAGUAGAGGAGGCGCCGGAAGCCAUUAAGAUGCCUGUACCUUUCACCCAUUGCAACGGGACUGGAGAUGCCAACAGAAUCCAGGCCUCUGUAGACACCCAACGAGCGCGUAAAGUGAAAACUGAGAGCAAGCCUUCCAACGGCCUUCCACCGAAAACAGAGGUGGUAGUACAAGAGAGAGAGAAGCUUGCUUCUAAUACAGACAUCCCGGCAAAGGAAACUGUAACUGCAGAUACUGAAGUUGCCGAUAUCUUGACUCCAGACCAAGCUGAAGAAAAGAUAAUGCCUAGUCAAGAGGAGGUAUUUGCUGAAUGUUCCCAGAAGAGGAUUCUUGGGCUGCUGGCUGCCAUGUUACCUCGUUUGAAAACAGGCUUAACAAUGUCUCUGAUUAACCUGGACCAGAUCCUCCCGCUCAUGUUUCAAGUUGUGAUCUCCAAUGCCGGCCACUUGAAUGAAACCUACCAUUUAACCUUGGGGCUCCUAGGCCAGUUGAUCUGGAGGCUGACGCCCUCAGAAGUAGAUGCUGCCGUAACCAAGGCCCUCUCGGCCAAGCAUAGCCUUGUUGCAACUGGUGAUGGAUCCACUGUGCCAGAAGGCUGGAAGACAACCCAUCUCCUCUUCAGCCUGGGAGCGGUUUGCCUAGACAGCCGCGUAGGCCUAGACUGGGCCUGCACGAUGGCCGACAUCCUGCAAGCGCUGAACUCCUCUGCCCAGUGGCACGCCGUGAUUGCUGCGUUCACAGACCACUGCAUCAAGCAGCUACCCUUCCAGCUGAAACACACCAACAUCUUUGCCUUAUUGGUGCUUGUCGGGUUUCCAGAGGUUCUGUGCAUGGGGACCCGGUCUGUGUAUAUGGACAAUGCGAAUGAGGCCCACAAUGUGAUCAUCCUCAAGCACUUCACAGAGAAGAACAGGGCGGUCGUCGUGGACAUUACAACACGGAAGAGGAAAGCAGUGAAAGACCUCCAGCUAGUUCAGCCAUGUGGACAUGAUGACCACGAGUCUCUGUGCCGGCUGCGGCGAUACCUCCAGCACUUUGUGUUCAUAGCUAGCCAUCUCCUCCAGACCAGCAUCGACAGCAGCUUUCCAGAGGCCGUCGAAGCAACCUGGGUCUUAUCUCUUGCUCUAAAGGGACUUUACCGAACGCUUAAGAUGCAUGCCUUCGAAGAAAUCCGCACUGCCUUUCUUCAGACGGGUUUGCUUAAACUGUUGGUGAAGAAGUGCAGCAAAGGAACGGGCUUCAGUAAGACCUGGCUUCUCCGAGACUUGGAGAUCUUGUCGAUCAUGCUGUACUCAUCGAAAAAGGAAAUGAACUCCCUGGCUGAGCACAAGGGCCCAGAACUCGGUGAAAGGGAUCAAGACCAAGCAGUCAACCAGUCUGUUGUCACCCCCACCGACGCUGACCAGAACAGGCUCGAUCCACUGGAGGGCUUGGAUGAAACCACCAAAAUAUGCUUCCUGAUGACUCACGAUGCCCUUGACGCCCCUUUGCAUAUCCUACGGGCCAUGUACGAAUUGCAAAUGAAGCGGACAGAUUCUUUCUUCCUGGAGGUUCAGAAGAGAUUUGAUGGCGAUGUCGUGACAACAGAUGAGAGGAUCCGGACGCUGGCUCAAAAAUGGCAGCCAAGCAAGCAUUUGCGGCCAGAGGAGCAGAGUUCCAAAGCACUGGAUACAGACAUGAUUAUUCUGCCGUGUCUGCCUGCUCCUCUCUUGCAGUCCAAGCCCGCCCCCUGCAACAAGGCCACCGAAGAAUCCAACCCCAUCACCCAGAAGCUCAUCACCAACACAGAAAGUGACCUCCAGCUCAGCUACGCCAAACAGCGCCGCACCAAGAGCUCUGUCCUCCUGCGCAAGGAGCUGGACUCGAGGAGCAAAAAGGCCGUGCGGGGCUACCUCUACCGGGUCAACGAGGCCACGGCUGUCCUCUACGCCAGGCACGUCCUUGCUUUGUUGUUGGCCGAGUGGCCCGACGACGUGGCAAUAACCGAGGAGAUGUUGGAGCUCAGCAGCCCGGCUCAUAUGACGUACAUCCUGGAUAUGCUCUUGCAGCUGGAGGAGAAACAGCUGUGCGAGAAGAUUCUCCUGAAAGUGCUCCAUGGAUGCAACAAGAGCAUGCUGGCUACGAUGGUGCUUACAGCCUGUCAGUUCAUGGAGGAGCCUGGGAUGGCUGUACAAGUGCGGGAAUCUAAGCAUCCCUAUAACAACAAUACAAAUUUUGAGGAUAAGGUUCACAUCCCUGGUGCAAUAUACCUCUCCAUCAAAUUUGAUCCUCAGUGUAACACUGAAGAGGGCUGUGAUGAGCUGAUCGUAGCCAGCAGCUGCGACUUCAUCCAUGACCGGCACACCUUCAGCGGACCUCCGCACAAAUGGACUGAUUUUGAGCUUCCAGGAGAUACCCUGUACUAUCGAUUCACCACAGACAUGAGCAACACGGAAUGGGGCUAUAAGUUUACAGUGACUGCAGGUCACCUGGGGAGGUUCCAGACAGGCUUUGAGAUCUUGAAGCAGACGCUGUCAGAGGAAAGGGUAUUCCCCCAUAUCCCGCUGGCCAAAGUUUGGGAGUGGCAAGUGGGGGUGGCCUGCAGACAAACGGGCCACCAGCGAUUGAAGGCCAUCCAUCUGCUCCUAAAGAUUGUUCAGCGCUGCUGCGAGAGGGAGUGUGACCUCACUUUGCUGAAGCCGCUCUGGCAUCUUUUUAGCUGCAUGGAAAACAGCCUGCUCCACGACGUGACCAAGUCGGGGAUCCUCCUCCCACUUCACCGGGCGCUCACCGAGCUGUUCUUUGUGACCGAGAGCAGAGUCGGCGAAGUUGGAUCUCUGCAGGAUUACUUGCUUGCCUUAAAUACAGAAGACCAUCUUCACGGCUCUACAGCACAGGCCCUGAAAAACAUUGCUGCUAUUAGCCUUGCCAUUAACUAUCCCAACAAGUCGACAAGCCCCUGGAAUGUUUAAUCAUGGCUGUUUGCGGCUUGGAGCUGGAAAGUUCUUGUCUGUAGGCACUGCGAGGGCGAGCGCCUUCGCUCUGUUCAGGGACCAGGGGAAGAGAAAAAAGGGGGCCGCUUCUGCCUCAGUGCACGUGCACUCUGCAGGCAGCCAGCCAGCCAACCUUCCUGCCACCCUAAAUGUAGAUUCUGUAAAAGCAAAAAGCGCGCUCCCAAGGAAACUGGGUGCAUUCUCUCCGGAGCACCUCGCGCGUCACCUCGAGUUAUGUAUGCACUUCUAUUGUAGCAUGCCUGUGGAACAGUAUUUACUUUCUCUGAAUUUUGGAAGGAGAACAAGGAAAGAGUAGAGGGGGGCGAGAGGGGAUGAAGCCUCCCCCAAACGAUGACGACACAGGCUGUCUCCUGGCUGUCGUCCUCCCCGACCUUUCCUAUAAACUGAGCAAUGAACUGAGAA